AUGGUUUCCAGAUGUAGUAGUAGCAUCACGCAAUCGCGUUUUCCUCCCACCCUAGCAAUCGCCUCUCCCUCCCUCCCGCCAUUGCCUUUCCCUCCUCACCCGCCAUCGCCUCUCCCUCCCCGUCGUCGCCUCUCCCUCCCUCCCCGUCGUCGCCUCUCCCUCCCUCCCCGCCGUCGCCUCUCCGUUCCCUCCCCGUCGUCGCCUCCUCUUCCCUACCCGCCGUCGCCUCUGCGCACUGGCUGUUUGCGCGCUGGCGCCUUACGCGCUGGCGCCUAUGCGCGCCGGCGCCUAUGCGCGCUGGCGCCGGUCGCGCUGGCGCCGUGCGCGCUGGCGCCGUGCACGCUGGUGCCUUGCGCGCUGGCGCCAUGCGCGAUGGCGCCGUGCGCGCUGGCGCCGUGCGCGCUGGCGCCGUGCGCGCUGGCGCCUUGCGCGCUGGCGCCGUGCGCGCUGGCGCCGUGCGCGCUGGCGCCUUGCGCGCUGGCGCGUAACGCGCUGGCGCCUAAUGCGCUGGCGCCUUGCGCGCUGGCGCCUAUGCGCGCUGGCUCCGUGCGCGCUGGUGCCGUGCGCGCUGGCGCCGUGUGCGCUGGCGCCGUGCGCGCUGACGCCUUGCGCGCUGGCGCCUAA